GCAUUUCUAGGCAUACAUAUACAUAUAUAUAUAUACACACACUCUCUCUUUCUCCCAACCAUUCUACAAUUCACUCAACCUUCCGCCAUACCCACACCUUUAAAAACCUCAAACUUCUCCCAUGGAGUGGAUUAGAGGUCCCACCAUAGGCCGGGGCUCCUCCGCCACAGUUUCCCUCGCCACCGCCGCCGGGGCCUCCGGCCACCACUUCGCCGUUAAGUCCGCCCACUUAUCUUCUUCCGGUAUGUUGCAGAGGGAGAAGGAUAUACUUUCCCAGUUCGAUUCUCCCUACGUUGUCAAGUGCUUAGGCUGUGACAUUUCCUGUGAGCACAACAAUGCUUUGUACAAUCUUUUCUUGGAGUAUGUUCCCGGCGGCACUCUCUCCGAUCUGGCGAAACGCGGUCGUUUCAGCGAGCCCAUGAUCCAAUUCUACGCCCACCAAAUCUUGAUGGGGAUUGGUUUUCUUCAUUCAAUGGGUUUUGUGCACUGUGAUAUAAAGGGUCAGAAUAUCUUGGUGAGCGAGGAUUGUAGCGCCGUUAAAAUUGCGGAUUUGGGGUGCGGAAAGUUCUUGGAAAACGGGGAAGCUUCUUCGAGUUCUGCAUUUUCCGGUACACCGGCGUUCAUGGCGCCGGAGGUGGCUAAAGGGGAGGAGCAGGGGUUUCCGGCGGACAUUUGGGCUUUUGGGUGCACGGUGAUUGAAAUGGCCACCGGCUCUGCUCCUUGGCAGGACAUGAACGACCCUGUUUCUGCCCUGUACAGAAUCGCCAAUUCCGGCGACGUCCCGGAGUUCCCGAGGUGGUUUUCCGACGACGCUAAGGAAUUCCUCGGAAAGUGCUUGGACAGAGACGCUAAACGCCGCUGGACGGCGGCGGAGCUUCUUCAACAUCCGUUUUUGCAGAGUAUAAGCUCAAACUCCGUCACAUUUAAAGAAUUCGUCAGAAAUUCUCCGACGAGUGUGAUGGACCAAGCGGUUUGGAAUUCCAUCGAGAUGUCACAACCUUCGUGUAAUUCAACGGCCACGGCCGGUUUUCCGGCGAACCGGAUCGGACGCCUGAUUAUUCAGGCCGGCGAAAGACUACCGGACUGGGAAGAGGACGGCGGUUGGGUGACAGUUAGAGGCAACGAAGAAGAUGAAUCAACCGAUUCGGAACCAAUUUUGAUUUCAAUUCUUUGUCCAGAAGAUCUCGAGAGCUCAAUUGUUAAUGAAGCUCCGUCAUUUGAUUCUUCUGAUGAUGAGAUUAGCGUUAAUGAUAGGGUUAAUCCUAGGACAAACCUUGAUUUGUCCUGUCACAAUUUUACAGAUGCUUUUGUAUCAUGGAUCCAAGAUUUUGAUGACAACAUAUUAAAAACUUCAUUUUCUUCUAAAGCUCUGAUUCUUUUCACACCCAUCCGCCCCAAAUACCAGGCUUUGGCUUUUGGAGUUGUUGCAAAACCAGGCUGCAGUCCCACUUGCCAAUCCAUUUCUAGAAGAGCCAAGUGGUUGGGUCAAUCAGUUGCCAGAAAAGUUUAG